AUGCCCUUUGCACCAUGCAUGCCCCAUCCGUCCACCCCCCCACAGCAUGCUCAAUGUGUUAUGCUCUCCUGCUCCAUAUCCAUGCACCCUCCUUAUGCAACUCCCUCCCCAUGCGGUCCCCAGGGAGUGGGCGGGGUGCCAGAGCGAGCCACAUGGCUGCUGGAAGUGGCUCGCCGGGUGGAGGACAUGGGGAGGCUAAGGAGCAGGCCAGAGGACCAGCUCGCAUUGGCCUCAUAUGCACCGCCAUCAGCAGCUGCAUUGCUGCUGCCCGCCAGAGGACCAGCUCGCAUUGGGCUCGUAUGCCCCGCCGUCAGCAGCAGCCCUGCUGGACCCCCAUGCUCCUCCAUUUCUCGUCUCCUGUUCCCUCAACACUUCUCGUUUCCCAUCCCCAUUCCCAGGCCAGAGGACCAGCUCGCAUUGGGCUCGUAUGCACCGCUGUCAGCAGCUGCUUUGCUGCAACCCUCGUCCUUCCCGCCCCUCUUCUCGCCCGACCUGCUCACCCGCGCCAAAGCUGAUGCUGCUGCCAGGCGCAGGGACAACAGGGCCAACAUGAGCGGCAUAGAGGAGGCGCGGCAGCGGCUGGUGGAGCUGCGGGAGAGGAAGCAGCAGAUCCACGAUGACACCAUCCUGCUGGCCGCUCAGUGUGUGGUGGACCCUCUGCGCGACCAGAGCCAGCAGCACACAGCAGCUGCUGACGCCAAUCUGACCGCUGCUGUGCAGCGCUACCUCUCUCUUGCUAACGAGGUCGCUUAUAAAGUGGACAGGGACCUACUCCCCUGGAUGCAGCGCAACCCCCCUCCUCGCCCCAUCAAGAUCGGCCCUCGAGCCUCCGCUGUGCACUCACAGCACUCCGCUCUUCUCAAGAUCCUGGCAGGGCUGCAGGUGGUGCAGGCAACAGCACCAUCUCUUCAUGAGGCAGCCACUGUGACAGCCGGCACAGCCACGCCGCAGGUGAAGGCGUGGUGGGGUGCGGUGGCAGCAGCGACUGCCAGCACGGAGGAAAGCAUUCAGUCUCUCCGCUCCGAGAUCUCAGCACUGACUGCCCCGGCCCAGUCACAGUUACAGGGACAGCCACGCCGCAGGUGA